AUGGCAAAGCCAACUAUUGCUGAGUUGUAUACAUAUUACGACACGGUAUCUAGUGAAAAUGCCACGCAAGAAGAAAAAGAGCUCGCUUACCGCGGAAUCUUAGCUGGCACGAAAGGUGAUGACAAAGAAAAAAGACUGGCGUGUCAGUUUAUUGCUAGGUUCUCCAAAAAAUUUGAAAAUCUGAAAGAAGAAAGCUUUAACUGCAUUUUGGAUCUGUGUGAUGAUGAUGAUUCUAACAUCAGAAAGCAAGCAGUACAUGAUUUACUCCAAUUAUGCAAGCGUAUUCCGGCGUUCAUACCCCGUGUGGCGGAUGUUCUAGUUCAAAUGUUCCAAUCCGAGGACAGUGCGCUCCUUCAUUUGGAACCUAAAGCCACACUGGCUGGGAUUUUUAACCAAAUGUUAACCGUUAACCCAGACAAUCCUAGAGAACAUAUUAUGAAAUUUUUAUCCGAGCGUCUCAAACAUUUGCCCGAGAAUCUUUUGACCACUGAAGUAGAAGAAUUCGUGGUGGACCAAACGAACAAAGUUCUCACGGACGUUUCAGAAGAAGAAUUCCAGUUAUUGAUUUCCAUACUCUCGUCACUGAAGUGCAUGUCCUCCGUACCAGGACGGCAAAAGCUGGUGUGUAUGAUUUCUGAUCAAGCACUCCAGGCUUGUCCGCAGUUUAAUGCAACUGAUCCUGCCUGUGUGGCACAGAUCCGCGAAAGCUGUCGACAAGCUGCUCUGUGUGUGUCAAAAAAUGUCCAUGCGACCGAAUUGUUUAACUAUCUGCUACAGAAGGUCAUACCAGUCAUGACAAAGAUCCCGAAUGAACUGGCAGAUGACAGAUUAAGCCUUUUACGAGCAAUGGCUGAGUUUUCUACCCAUCACGGACCAGCGCUAUCCGCCAUAUCGAUAACUGAACUUACCACUCAUAUGACUGCUCUGUUUGAUACCUUGGUACAUUUUCUACCAGAAAUACCCACCACAGAAUCGGGGGCAAAGGUUACGGAGAGCGAGAAAGCAAAUGAAUCUGAGACACCAGAAAAGCUAGCUUUUCCGGCGGGACUUAAAUUUUCAGAAUUAGAGUGCCUGUUAUACGUUGCUUGCCAACUUGGUCGUUGUCGACCGCAGUUUUACGGAGGAUUCUCCACUGAAGAAGAACGCGAAACCCCAGAAGUGCUUGAGGGUAUUGCUCGGUUGAAAUUAGUUCGACCUCGUUUGCAAUAUCUCGGCCAAGUUGCUCAUGAAUACGCUCAGUCGAUCGCUGGCAAUUUGACAGAAAAUGGACAAUCCGAAGAUAACAAGACAAAAGUUUUCGCUCAUCGAGUGGUCACCAACAUCCAGAAUCUGGUUAGAAACUUUUUCCACAACCCACCGGCGUUCAAAACUUCCAUCAUUCUAUCCUGGCUUCAACCACUCACCCCAAUUUCACCUGGAUCUAAGCGCCCAGCCUCAGUCAGUUUGGAUACAGAUACGAAGCAAGGACCAGGCGCUGCGCGGAAGGAACAACCUCGUUAUGUCCCACCAGCCGGUCAGUGGUCUAGGGGUGAUCGCUUCGGCUGGAACAAUACUAGUGGUGAUAAUCGACGUCGGGCUGGUGGUGCUAGUGGUCGCAUUCGAGGCCGCAGGUGAAUAUUGACUUUAAAUUGGUGCCGUAUGCUGAAUUCGUGGAUAGAUGCUGGUAACAUGCGUGAAACGCUUCCGUUUUUUAUCGACCACAUCUUGGAUUCUGUGAUCCGACUAUGCCCAAAUCGCGGUGCCUGA